AUGGCAACAAAAUCGCAGACUUAUAACUUUAAGGGUAUUACCACAAUUCCAUCAGCUAGAAAGCUGAUAGAUAUUGUUUUGUCCCAAACACAGCGUAAAACACCAACUGAAGUCCACAAACAGUUCAAGAUAUCAAGAAUCCGCAAGUUUUAUAUGAGGAAGGUCAAAUUUUGCCAGCAAACAUGUCAUGAUCGUUUGCAACGGAUAUUGUCGCAAUUACCGCAGCUGAAUGAUAUCCACCCAUUCUAUGCCGAUUUGUGCAAUGUCUUAUACGAUCGUGACCAUUACAAACUGGCGUUGGGUCAAUGUAAUUCUAUAAUGCGUGUUAUAGAUCGCAUAGCUAAAGAGUAUGUGCGGCAAAUGAAGUAUGGCACUUCGUUGUACCGUUGCAAGAUGCUAAAGAAGGCUGCGCUUGGACAUAUGUGCACUGCUCUAAAACGUUUAAAUGGCAGUUUAAAUUAUCUUGAGGAUGUUAGGCAACACAUGUCCAGGCUUCCGAGUAUUAAUCCUUAUACAAGAACUUUGUUGUUGACAGGAUAUCCUAAUGUUGGUAAAUCAUCCUUCAUGAAUCAAGUGAGUAAAGCCAAUGUGGACGUACAACCAUAUGCGUUCACAACGAAGUCUUUGUAUGUAGGACAUUUUGAUUAUAACUAUUUAAGGUGGCAAAUAAUAGAUACUCCUGGGUUGCUGGAUCAUCCAUUGGAUGAAAGAAAUACUAUUGAGAUGACAGCUAUAACUGCCUUGGCUCACAUUUUCUGUACAAUAUUAUUUUUCAUAGAUGUUAGUGAAAGUUGUGGAUACUCCUUGGAGGAACAAGUUGCUUUAUUUGAUUCCAUAAGACCUUUAUUUCAAAAUAAACCCAUACUCAUAGUACUUAACAAGGUUGACUUAGUGAAUUUUGAUUCCGAUCGAUUGUCAAAACUUUCCCAAUAUAAAUGGAUACGUACAUCUGCUCUAACUGGGGAAGGUGUAGAUGAUGCCAAAAUUACAGCAUGCCAAUUAUUGUUAGAGGCCAGACUUGCAAACAAGGUAAAUGAUUCUAGUCCGGCCGUAAUAGAAAAGAUUGACUAUGUUACCAGCGUAACCCCUAACUUAGACAGACCACCAACAGAAAACCCAAAAGGUUAUGAUGAACCUGCUUUAGAUGAUUUAGAAGAUGAAGGAAGGCCUAGACCCACCACCGAAAAGGAUCUUGAGCUAAUUCAUGGAGGCCCAGGAGUUUAUUCCAUUGACCUCAGAAAAAAACACAUUCUAGAAAAUGAUGAAUGGAAAUAUGAUGAGAUUCCGGAAAUAUAUAAUGGAAGAAAUGUUAUCGAUUUUGCGUAUCCAGGUGUAGGGGAAAGACUCAAAUUACUGGAAAAAGAGGAGGAGCUUCUCCUCCAACAACUGCAACCAAACCUGGAAGAUGUAAGAUCAGUCAAUAUGUAUUGUAUAUACCACUUUCAGGAGGAAUGGGAAGACCUUGUACGCCGCGAAGAUGCUCUGCAUGCGAAGAUAAGACAGUGGAAAUUAGAACGUGGACUUAAAAAGAAACGCGGCGGUCCCGUGCUCAACGAAACAAUACGCAUUAAGAAGGUCCGCAAAAACGCAGAAAGGAGGAGGAAGGUCAGGAUGCUUCUUCCAAUGCCCAUUGACUCGAUCAACAUGGAAUCCGAUGAUCCAAAGACUAAAUUGGAAAUUGCUAAAGGUAGGCAACGCGAAUCCGAGGGUCAACCUGUACCUACUGUCAAGAGCAAGAAAAGAAUCAAACUACCAAAGGGAACAUACGCGCUCAACGAUCGAUCUAUCACCGCCAAACUUCCAAAACAUAUGUACAGUGGGAAGCGUACACUUGGGAAAACUAGUCGCAGGUGA